GGCCCCGCCCCGCGCGCCUAAGGCCCCGCCCCCUCUGGCCGAAACUGGGAGGGCACUGCUUGUGUGGGGUCCGGAGUUUUCUAACUCAGCGGCAUCAUCCCACCGUCUCCGAGUCCUUGCCUUUUUCUGAGGCCCUCUACUGCCACCUGAGCGAACGCGGGGAGUCAAGGCCAGGCGUGCGGGGCGUCAUGAACGGCCGCCGCCUGAUGGGCGCGGCGGCGGCGGCGGCGGCGUCGGAGGGACUGGUCGGCUGAGGGCCUGUUUGGGGCCGAGGCAUGUGGAGCCCCAGCGGGAGCUUGCUUCAGACUCUGCCACGACUUCUGCAGCACGACACCCUUCCGGGCCACGCAGAACUGCCGCCCCGCUGGGCCCUGCCGCGGGCGGCGGGCGGGGACGACUCGGCGGACCGCCUUCCCCGCGGGGGCGGGGCGAGCGCGGCGGAGGCGGCGGCGGCAGCGGCCUCCGGAGCCUUGCUCGGAGCUUAUCUGGGGCACCACGGUCAGCCUGCGGCCUCUGAGCUGCCGGCGCCGGGCGCGGCCUUGGCGGCCAGCCCCGGGAGCGGCGGCGGCGGCGGCGGCGUGGUGGUCGGCGUGGCCGAGGUGAGAAACUGGCGCUGCUGCUGCCUCGGCAGCACCUGUUGGUGCCGGAGCCUGGUGCUGGUCUGCGUGUUGGCCGCGGUGUGCUUCGCUUCCCUGGCCCUGGUCCGCCGCUACCUGCAGCACCUCCUGCUCUGGGUGGAGAGCCUUGACUCGCUGCUGGGGGUCCUGCUCUUCGUGGUGGGUUUCAUCGUGGUCUCGUUCCCCUGCGGCUGGGGGUACAUCGUGCUCAACGUGGCCGCCGGCUACCUGUACGGCUUCGUGCUGGGCAUGGGACUAAUGGUGGUGGGCGUCCUCAUCGGCACCUUUAUCGCCCAUGUGGUCUGCAAGCGGCUGCUCACCGCCUGGGUGACCGCCAGGAUCCAAAGCAGCGAGAAGCUGAGCGCCGUUAUUCGCGUCGUGGAGGGAGGAAGUGGCCUGAAAGUGGUGGCACUGGCCAGACUGACCCCCAUACCUUUUGGGCUUCAGAAUGCAGUGUUCUCGAUUACUGAUCUCUCCUUACCCAACUAUCUGAUGGCAUCUUCGGUUGGACUGCUUCCUACCCAGCUCCUGAAUUCUUAUUUGGGUACCACCCUGAGGACCAUGGAAGAUGUCAUUGCAGAACAAAGUGUUAGUGGAUAUUUUGUUUUUUGUUUACAGAUUAUUAUAAGUAUAGGCCUCAUGUUUUAUGUAGUUCAUCGAGCUCAAGUGGAAUUGAAUGCAGCUAUUGUAGCUUGCGAAAUGGAACUGAAAACCUCUCUGGUUAAAGGCAAUCAACCAAAUAUCAGUGGCUCUUCAUUCUACAACAAGAGGACCCUAACAUUUUCUGGAGGUGGAAUCAAUAUUGUAUGAUUCUAAUGAAAUGUAUGAUUGUCAGAGCCUAGUGUGUGGUCCAAGGUCUAGCAGUCCCCUCGCUAGUGGGCAGAUGCAAGUUCUAAUUGUAUUACAGCACAAAAAAACAAAACAAAACAGAAACUGACUAGUUUUUAAAUUGCACAUUUUUUAAAAAGCAAGAAUAAUUUUCUGGAUAAGUAAGUGUAAAUGUAGAUGCAAUUUUGGCUGCAACUCUUUAUCAUUUAUUAUACCCAUAAUGGCCUAUAGGUCUGCACUUUAGUUUUUCUUCAUCGUUUUCUUUAUGGGUACUUAUGAAUAGAGAAAUAAUCCAAAUAUUUUUUUGCUUAGUGUCUUUAUUUAUAAAGUCUAUGAAUAGUUGUAAGCAUCUUUCCUACUUAUAAAGAUGAGUAAAAGUAUGCAAUUUUAAAUGUAUAAUAUUAUUGGACAUUCUUUGCUUUGGUAGUCUUUCCAGAAAGGAUAAAUGGUGUGUGUGUUUUUUUUUUUUUUUCUAAUUGUUUUAGGUGGGACCACUUUGCUUUCCUUUUCCUUGCUAGUUAGAAAAUAGACGUGAACUUUUGUUUGAAUGUAUUUUUGUAAGGAUCAAUUAUACCGAUACACACAAGCUUAAAUCCUACAUUGUGGGACUGAAGUGCUCUUAAGAUACCUUUUUUAGUUUCACUGUGUAAUAUGCAAAGCAAAAGGGAAAUUAUUUAAAUGGGUGGUGGCUCAAAUUAGAACUUGAGUUCUAAUUUCAUUACAUUGGUUUUACCCUCCUUAGGUCUUCCAUCAAAGGGCUGUCCUAUUGCAGUCUUACUAAAACAUUUUAUUAAAAUAAACUUCUUUUUCUUUUUAUAUUCAUAAUUAGGCUUUGAAAUAAAGAUGUUAUUCCUUUAAAGUGGUGGGCUUACCAUCAUUAAAGAUGUCACUCAGGUGGCCUUGUUUGAUCAAAACGCCUUUCUAAAACACUAAGCUUUAAAAUCAUGUUUAUAAUUCCAUUGAAGUACAUAUAUAUUUUUCCCAUAGUCUUCAUCUUUAAAACUAUAAGUAAUGUUAACUUAAUGCCCAGAUUUGUAUUAUUUGCCAUACUGUAGAGUAGGCUUAUUUUGUUUGGUUUCUGGUACUUAUUUUUCUCUAAGACUCAGGAAUUCUGAAAUGUGAAAUUAAGUCUCGCAAUUCUUUCUCCUGUAGAAUGAAUUGAGUGUAUUUAUUAAUAGCACUUAUGUGUAUAGAAUAUAAUGAUUUGGCAAUAUGAUUCAUAUGACAUAUUAUUCAUUUAUCACCUUAUAUGUUUUAAAUAGCUUAAUUGUGAACUUAAUGAUUCAUUUUUUUUACAAUGGAGAUUAUAGAUAUGAAUGCAAAUUUUCUAAUAGGUAUCUCUUUUUUAGCUAUGAAGAUGUCACCUUAUCAGAGACCUCCCAUAUGCCUUUUCAUUAGGGUAAAAUCUUUGCCCUGAUUUACUAAAGUGCAAAAGAAUUAUUUGUAAGCAUAUUAUUUUAGUUUUAUGCUAAAGAUGCAUUUGACCACUUUAAUGUGUAAAUUUUUUGCCCUGUUGCAGGUAUAAUUGUUUUCCUGUCCUUCAUAAUGCCUAAGUUUGCUCACCUUUGAGUAACAGUGAAGUUCAUAUGUACAUACCAAGAAGAACUCAGUGCAAAUUAUCUUAUAGGCACCUGGGUCUAGUCUAUAGCAUUCAAUUGGCCUACAAAUCCUUCCUUCUUUUAUUGGUAGAAAAAAUAUAUAGUAUUGGAAUAUUAUUAUUCUUUUUUGAAUCCUAAUUACUUGUUUGGUUAUCUUUAAAAAUUAUUUAGUUUAAUUAUCCCAAUAAACAAUAUGUUUGAUUUAUUCUUUUCUGUCUAACUUGACAGUAUUUCUCUUGUGCUUCUUGUUUGUGUUUAGUUUUUGGUAAAGAAAUCAAUAAUUUAAGAUCACUACUUUCAUACACUUGUAUUACACUUCAUGUAUUUUGAAGUGCAUUUAUUUAAUUAGCAUUUUGUAACUUGAAUAAUUUUGCCAAAUGAAUACCUUUUGGUAGUUCGUCAUGAGUUCUUCCAACUGUUGCAUUUUGCUUAGUACUUAAAAUAAAUAUGUAAAGGUAAAAGAGAAGUAAUUUUCUGUAUUCUGCCAACAUAAUUUUAUAUAAUAAAAUCAUCCAUUUUUACUUAAAAUAGUAUGGAUUUACUAUUUCUAAAAUACUAAUCUAAAGCUGCAGUUUUCCUUUUGUUCAUCAUCUCUAGCCUCCACAUAAACUAUUUUCCCUUAUAGCCAUGCUAUUUGAUAGCUGGUUUUUUAUAUGAGCUGUCUAAAAAUUGUACAAAGCAUUACCAUGCCUUAUUCACUCCAUCUUUAACUCUGUAUCCCAGAUUUCUGGCAGCAACAAAUUUCUACAGGAUCCUUUUAUGUUGCCCAAAUAUUACAUCCAGUCGUAGAGUAUAUAUUUAUAAGAGAAAAUGUUUUGGAUUUCUCAGAUCAUUUAAGUGCAGUAUAAAGUUGCUUUAUGCAUAUUUUUAAAAGCACACAAUAUACCUUAUCUCAAAUCUGAUGAAAGAUAUGUUCUAUUUUUAAUUCGUUGGGCCUUUUUCUUAGUUUUCCACAUUUUCUGGGUUAUUACUAAUGAUUUUGUUUACUCUUUGCCAAGUUCUGUCAUGUAAAUUAUUUUUAAACAGCAGCACCUCUUUUUAAAAACAUAAUAAUUUACUAAAUGUUUUCAUGUCCAUUUUCAUUUGAUCAUCUGAUUUGUGAAAUAACUUGAAAUCUGUACUUUGGUUUGUGAAAAUAAUAGAACCAAAUCGCUGUCAUUAGAAUGUGUAUUUUGAGUUUAUGUUCAGAAGUGACUUUGUGGGUUUGUUCAGAACCAACCAUACUCUCCUUUUAAGCACUUUGUAACCAACUGCAAACCUUUUAAGAAGACUUUCCCCUGAUAGGAUCAAGCCUAUGACUAUAAAACAUUUCCCUCCCUGCGAAGCUAUUAAGUUCAGUAUCUACUCUUAUUUACCAUUGCUCUAACUGAGCUAGGUGGUGGAGCUACAAGCAUAUACCAGUAUGUGUUUGUUAAUGUGCAAUGCUGAUUGGAACUGUUCUUAGGAAAGGUGCUAUGGCUUACAUACGUCAAUAUUUGUGGGACUUUCUUUAGAAUGCUGAAAGUUGCUAGGUAUGUGCCAGGUUGAUGCAGGUAAAUCCUGAGAUGCAUGGUAAAUCCAUGCUGUUCAAAACCAGUCAGCAUUUGCAGAGAAUAAGAGAGCUUUAAUGAGGACCUCAGGAGCAAUGAUACUGACCUAGGUUGAUGACUUCAAUGAUGGAAUUUUGUUUCAGACACAGGCCACUCAGUGUACCAGAAUGGUGGUCUGAAUAACACUAUCUGGUUUUUAAAUUGGACAUUGCUAAUUUCUGUUAUAAUAAACUGUUCAGGAUAUAAUUUUUUUAAAGGUCAUGUCUUUAACCUAAAAAGCUUAAAAGAAGGGAGUGGAAUCACUUGUUCCACAGGAUAUUUAAAGCUAAGGAGUUCCAAUAACCUCACAUAUGUUGAAUGAAAACUGUUAAAUAAUUCAACAACUAAAUAAUAACUUGGUACUUCUGAAUUGCAAAGUGAUUGCUGCAAACUAUUUUCUCAGGUAGCUGAAGAUUUAAAAUAGAUAAUUCUAAAGGUAAAUCAGUAAAAUCUUUUGAUAAUUGGUAUGCCAGAUCACUUGUGUGCCUGAGAAAAUAAAAGAUUAUGCCAGGGGAGGGAGCAAUUCAAGAACAAAGGAGGACAUGCUCCUAAAAAUGGGAAUGCUGGUAAUUGACCUUAGAUGGGGGUGGUUAUGGUUAUAGCAGAGGCCCUGUGGAGAAAUGGUUCUGAUGUCUUACACUGACACUCGAUCUUCUGUGUUUUUUUUUCUAAUAUCCCCAAAUCAUGAAAUGCUACCUGCCAGUCAAACAAUUGUUAGUCAUGUAUCUCAGGCUGCAGUAAUGCUUAUGAUGCCUUUCAUAAUGUUACAGGACUUUGGUAAAUCUAAUUUCCUGUUGACCUCUACCCUGUUUCUAUGACUGUUUCCUUGAGGCCA